UAGGGUUUUCGUCUCUUAGCAGUUCAGAUCUAGUCAUCUAGCUCUUGUCUUUUCAUCUCAACUUCUCAAUGGGCAAGCGGCUUAAGAAAUGCUCCGCAUCCACAGAUGCUGAAUCUACCACGGAGCCUUCGCAGAAUGUUUUGGAUGAUUUGGAAGUAACUCUGAAGAAGCAAAAAAAGGAUAUUUCAUUCAUUAUUGCCUUGAACGACAUCUAUUUUGUGCAGGAAAUUGAUGAAGAUGAAAAAACUGCAUUGAAAAAAGUGGAAGAAUAUGAUUGCUGUUUUGAAGAUAAAGAUGCAUUUGGAAACAAUGAGAGAACCAUUUUGGUUAGGGGAUUCGAUUGUUCCCUUCCUAGGGAUGAUGUCAAGAGCGCAUUGAAAAAAUACUUUGGUUCAUGUGGAGAGAUCUCAAGGGUUUUUGUUCCGAUAGAGUGUCAAACUGGUUCUCCCGCAGGAUUUGCUUUCAUUGAUCUGUGUGAGGACGAAGAGAAGGCGUUAGCACUAGAUGGAAGUUACUUGGGAAGUUUGAGGCUUGAGGUUAGGAUGGCUAAACGUACAGUCGAAUAUGUUGCCUAUCCUAACUUUAAAGGGUGUAAACGUUGUCAUGGUAUUCUUUCCAACCGCAGAUACGUCAACUACGUGAGAACUUGCCGUGGUCAUAUACACCCCUGGUCACCUGAGUCCAUCCUCCUUCGAGAUGAGCUUCGUAGAAAAGUGGAAAGCAAAAAUGCACAUGAAAAAGUUGAAGCGGAAAACCAGAGCUAAGAAUGGUCGUUUUACAAUUGCCGCUACCAGUUUAUUUUAAUAUAUAUGUUUUAUAAGAAAACUUGUAUUAUGUGACACUUGCUAUUUAGUUUCAUAAUUUAUGCCUAAAUCAGAUGAUGAACUUAUAUU